GAUCAAAUCUAUACGCAGCCAUGAGUGCCGGCGAGUUAGCAUGCAUCUACUCCAUCUUGAUACUCCACAAUGACGGAAUCGCAAUCACCGCGGAGAAGAUUAACACUAUCUUGAAGGCUGCUGGGGUCACUGUCGAAUCAUACUGGCCAAGCUUAUUCGCCAAACUUGCUCAGAAUAAGAGCAUUGACGAUCUCGUUUUGAACGCUGGCGCUGCCGGUGGUGCCGCUGUUGCCGUAUCUGCUCCUGCCGCUGCUGCUGGUGGUGGAGCCGCUGCAGCUGCCGCACCUGCUGUCGAGGCCAAGAAGGUACUGUUAGUAAUGCUUUAUAUUAGGUUUUUGUCUUAA